UUGUUUAGUUCGUUUCAAAAGUUCAGUGCUCGUAACUGAAAAACAUUGCAGAUGUAUAGGAUUUUAUUGUGGAGAGUCAAUAGCUUGUUUUGUAAAAAAUUUCAGGAACAAUUAUUCAAAAAUGGGUUCGAGAAAUUAUCUAUAAGCUUGAUAAAUUCUACACGAGCAGCUGUUGUUUCUACAGUUGACUUUUCAGAAGCAAAUGUUCAGAAACAUAAUAAAUUCAGAAGCGAAAAUCCAUUUGAAAAUGAAUAUAUAAUCCCAUAUACUGAACGUAGUAUAAAGUCUUCCAAGGAAAAGGUUCUAGAUAUUUUACGCUACAGUUUCAGAAUAUCUGAAAACGAAAUUCUUAAUUUACUUAGAGAUGAAAAAUAUAAAAAUUAUGAAUCACUUAAGUUAACUCUCGAUUUGCUAUAUGAAAAAGGUGUAUACAAGAAGAAUAUAUUGAAUAAUACCUGGUUACUUAAAAAUAGUGCAAAAAUAUUACAAGCAAAAUUUGAAGUAUUGAACAGAAUCAAAGUAAAAGAUGUCAAUGAUUUUGUGCCACUUUUUAGACACUCAGUACCCAGGUUAACAAAAUUAAUUAAUCAUCUAGCAAAUGAACAAAAUUUAUUCCCAAGCUCGAUCAAUCGACUAUAUUAUAUUAGUGAGAGGUUAAACAUGGAUGCAAUAUUGGUUUGCAAUUAUUUAUCUAACAGAUUAUUUGUUCUUGAAAUGCCUUUCGAUAUGCUUCAAGAGAGCUUAAAUCAUAUGAUCAAGUACGGUGUGGCACCACUAAGCAUACUAAAAGAUUUGUGGGCAUUCCGAUAUACUCCAAAAUCUGUAAAAGCUAGGUUAGAACGUGCCAAAGAUGCUAAGAAGGAUAAAAUUAUGCCGUGGAUGGUUCGAUGCCCUGAAAGAGUACUUCAAAGGUCAUUAAAAUUAUCUUUAGAUGAAGUAAAUAUUCUUGGGGAAGAUAACACAGUAAUUGAUUACAUUUCAGAAAGACUAGAUAUAGAUAAAAAAACUGUUGAUGUCCUUUUGCGAAACCAUUCACAAGUUCUAGCAGUUAGAGUUACGAAGGUAAAAGAAAUUUUGGAUUAUUUACUUGAUGAAGAAGGAUUUUCAAAAUAUGACGUAGCACGUGUACCUAGAGUUUUGUGCCAUGGACUAGAAACAACCAAAACCCGUAUAGAGGAAUUAAAAUCGAUUGGAUGUAGACCAACCUCUCUUGUCAUUUUAUGUAGGAGCCGACGGGAGUAUGAAAAAUUUGUAAACAAUUGGCUGGAAAAACAAAAAAAAAUAAAACAGAAGGAAUUGACAUGA